AGGCUUCUCAUUUAAGUUCUAACUUUUUUGUUGGGAUUGUGUUUUUCAUGUUCAAGUGUUCACCUUUGCUUCUCAUUAGCUCUAAAGCUCUUUUGGGAUUGUGUUUUUUUUUCAUGUUAAAAGUUUCACCUUUUUUGUUGUUGUUAUUUUGCUUGAAGCCUUUUACGUUGAUUGUUGGUGGGGAACAACUGCCACCACAAGCAUCUUCGUUGCAGCAGCUAUUACAGAUUGGCUUGACGGCUAUCUUGCACGCAAGUUAUGUGUGUUGCAGAAGUCCAAGGGGGAUGACUCUGCCAAAACUAUGUCCCAAUGUUUGCAAGGUGGUGGUCAUGACUCGUGAGCAAGAGCUGCUGUUGUGCAGAGGAGAUGUCUCAAACUCGUCUCCGUCUAGACUCAAACGAAUGUUGCAGUCUCUCACUGGAAUGCCAAGUGCAACCUUUGAAGGUAUUGUGACAGUAAAGACUGAGACUUUCUUCUUCUUUGCUUAUGUCUGUUGAUUCAUUGCCUUGAAGGUUUAUACAGCUAAAACAUUGCUCUAUACGGCAGACUAUAAGAAAAUCGUGCUUAAGUAUGGGUGUUGAGAUAAGUUAUCGUGUACUGAUUGGUCCCAGUCUCAAGUAUGGGUGUAUGUCCUCAAAUCAUUGUAUUUAGCAACACUUGUUUUGUGUGCUUUUCAGAUACUGCGGAAGCUUGAGGAAAGUGGAAGAGACAGAUGAACCUUGAGGAAGGUCGAAGUGAAAAAAAGAGCUUGAGGAAGGCGGCGGCUUAGGUUUAGGUUUAGGGUUAACUAGCUUUUGUUUAAUAUGUACUGGACCUACUGGUUUAGUUUUGUAAAAUUAAUUUUAUUUAUAAACUGAUUAUAAUUAAUAAAUAAAAUUUCAUUUUUAAUUA